AUGCAUCUCCUCAAGAUAAUUUCCCUCGCCGCAGCUAUCGCGCCCGCUGUUCUUGGCGAGAACUACUUUGGCACGCCUCUCCCCUCCUCAACCGCGGCCGAUGAAUACCUUUCCAACAACGUCAAGUCCCUUCCGAGCACCGUCACCGGCGCCGUCGCCACCUCCCUCGCCAGCGCCCUCUACAGCGUUGACCGGAAGUAUUACAGCGACAAUGAGUGGACGACAGUCUACUCGCACAUGUGGUCAGCCGCUGCAAAGGCCACCAACGCCCCAGACGUCGUCGCGUCCAUGGCUGUUGAGGGUUAUAGCCUGAGCGACCAGCAGGAGGCGCAAUGGUGGAAGGAUAACGUGCCGGACAAGGACGACAAAUGGGUUUCGUCCUACAUUUCUGACUGGCAGAAGGCUUGGCAGGAUACUGUGGCGACCCAGACUUCCAAGGGCGGUGCGCCCAAGUGCACUGGAAUGGCGAUUGCUGGUGUCGCGGCGGGAGUAGCUGCCGGUGUCAUGGCGGCGAUGUAA